AUUGGGCGGUUAAAACCUUAACUAUGUGUAUUUCAACGGCCAUGGCUUCAGUUAGGAGCUUAGACAAAUGGACCGUUAAUCAUCGUCAACAACUUCAAAUCUGUGCAAAAUCAAGUACAAACCAAUCACAGCGUGCAAACCAACUUGUUCUUCCAAUACCCAUUUCGAGAAGGUCCGCUAUUCUGAUUUAUUCACUGCCUUUGAGUUUCAGCCUCAUUUCAUACUCACCACCAUCAGAGGCCAGAGAGAGACGCAACAGGAAGACCAUCCCUCUUGAGGACUACCUCACUAGUCCAGCUGAGGGAUUAAAAUACUAUGAUGUUGUUGAGGGAAAGGGUCCUAUAGCUGAAAAAGGAUCAACAGUUCAGGUGCACUUUGACUGCAUGUAUCGUGGGAUUACAGCUGUGUCAAGUCGAGAAUCUAAACUCUUGGCUGGAAAUCGUAGUAUUGCCCAGCCAUAUGAAUUCAAAGUUGGAGCUCCUCCAGGCAAAGAAAGGAAGCGUGACCUUGCAGACAACCCAAAUGGUCUGUUUUCUGCACAGGCUGCACCUAAACCCCCAGCAGCUAUGUACUCAAUAACUGAAGGGAUGAAAGUAGGGGGAAAGCGAACUGUGAUUAUUCCUCCAGAGGCUGGGUAUGGCCAAAAGGGAAUGAAUGAAAUCCCACCUGGAGCUACAUUUGAACUAAAUGUUGAGCUUUUGCAAGUUGUACCACCUCAAAGAAAGUGAGCUUGUUUUGUGUUAUGAGAAGUUCGUGGUAAUUGAAUUCCUCACCGUCACCUUUUUUUUUUUUUUCUUUUUUAUGGUUUUGAUUGCAGCAACCACCUUUUUGUUGGAAACAGAAAUAGUUUUGGCUAAUGAUUCUUUUGUAUGAAGAAGCUUAGUUUUACCAAGGGCCUAGCUUAUUAGGUAUCUACAUUUUCUGUGUAAAAUUGGGAUAACUAUUUUAAUUGUCCAUAGCUGUAAUAGCAUAAGGUAGUGAUUGAGGCUACAUAUUAAUACUAUUAACAUUAGUCAGUAAUUGCCACUGUCAUUUCUGGAGACUUCAAGAAUUACAAGUGAAAGUUAUCUCAA